UAUCUUCGCAAUACUAAGGAUGCAUUCCUGGUAUACGGUGGUGAGGAAGAGCUAAAGGUGGUCGGUUACACUGAUGCUAGCUUCCAAACCGACAGAGACGAUUCAAAAUCACAAGCAGGAUAUUUGUUUUGCCUGAAUGGCGGAGCUUUUAGCUGGAAGAGCUUCAAGGAGGAUACAACCACCGAUUCGACUACAGAGGCUGAGUACAUAGCUGCUGCCGAG